CCUCCACCCCUCAACACUGAGGGCUCCCACACCAUCUGCAGCUGGCUUUUAAAGCAAGUCUUUUAAUAAAAUCACUUAAAGUCAUUACUCUUCCAUUUAUGACAGCAGGAGUUCGGGACUGAGUAAGAGGAGCAGAAACUUGCCCAGCAGAAGUUGCUCUGAAUCAGGAUCAAGCACUGUUGAUUGAGCUAUCCAUCUUCACACGAAGUCAUCGCUGUUAGUGGAUUGAACUAGUAGCUCUACAUCCACCAUGUUGCCGUGUGGAACAGCUCUGUCCUUUAUUCGGUGUCUGGUGCGGAAGAAGAACAUUGGCAGCGAAAGUCUUGAGGACACCAAGUUGUGCCGAUGCUUAUCAACGCUGGACCUUAUAGCCCUGGGAGUCGGAAGUACCCUGGGUGCUGGUGUUUAUGUCCUUGCUGGAGAAGUGGCCAAGUCUGAUUCUGGACCUAGCAUCAUUGUUUCUUUCCUAAUUGCUGCCAUUGCAUCUGUGAUGGCAGGUCUCUGCUACGCCGAAUUUGGCGCUCGUGUUCCCAAGACUGGUUCUGCAUAUUUGUACACUUACGUUACAGUAGGCGAACUGUGGGCUUUUAUCACUGGCUGGAAUCUCGUUUUAUCCUAUAUUAUAGGUACAUCAAGUGUAGCAAGAGCCUGGAGUGGCACCUUUGAUGAACUUCUUGGAAAACAGAUUGGUCAUUUCUUCAGUGCUUACUUCAAAAUGAAUUACUCCGGGCUAGCAGAAUAUCCUGACUUCUUUGCAGUACUCCUUAUAUUACUUUUAUCAGGUCUUUUAUCUUUUGGAGUAAAGGAGUCUGCAUGGGUGAAUAGGAUUUUCACUGCUAUUAACAUCUUGGUCCUGGUCUUCGUUAUUAUUUCUGGUUUUGUGAAAGGUGAACCUGACAACUGGAAUAUAAGUGAAGAAUAUCUCAGAAACUUUACUGCAGUAACAGAGAACCGCUCAUCCUAUGAAAAUGUGACAAGUAUGUAUGGAAGUGGUGGCUUUAUGCCAUAUGGUUUCACAGGAACAUUGGCUGGUGCUGCAACCUGUUUUUAUGCUUUUGUUGGAUUUGACUGCAUUGCAACCACUGGAGAAGAGGUCAAGAAUCCUCAGAAAGCCAUACCCAUAGGAAUUGUGGUGUCCCUACUUGUCUGCUUCAUGGCCUAUUGCUUGGUUUCAGCUGCACUGACACUUAUGAUGCCAUACUAUCUGCUAGAUGAGAAAAGUCCUCUGCCAGUAGCAUUUGAAUAUGUUGGAUGGGGUCCUGCUAAAUAUGUUGUAGCAGUGGGAUCCCUCUGUGCUUUGUCUACAAGUCUUCUCGGCUCUAUGUUCCCUUUGCCCCGAAUUCUGUUUGCCAUGGCACGUGAUGGUUUACUCUUUAGUUUUCUUGCCAAAGUGAAUAAGAGGCAGGCACCAGUUUCUGCCACCUUGACAGCAGGGGUCAUCUCUGCUGUAAUGGCAUUUCUGUUUGACCUAAAGGCUUUAGUGGACAUGAUGUCUAUUGGCACACUUCUUGCUUAUUCACUUGUGGCAAUCUGUGUUCUCAUUCUUAGAUACCAACCCACCUAUGAGGAACCAAAAUACUCUCCAGAAAAAGCAGCUUUGGCUGCAGCUGAAAGGGAAUCUGCAGUAAGUGAGUCACAGAUAAGCAUGAUAGAAGAGAAUCACUUCCGUCUUCAGGCCUUGAUUAAUCCAUCCAGUUUACCAACUGGGCAGACUGCAACUAUAGUUAACUUCUUAGUGAGCCUCUUAGCUUGCUUGAUUUGUGGCUUGAGUGUCCUCAUUACAUAUGGGAUUCAUUUCAUUGCUAACUUGGAGCCCUGGAGUAUUGGCCUUCUUGCUUUAUUGGUGAUCUCCUUCAUAGUUACCAUUCUCCUCAUCCAAAGGCAGCCUCAGAACCAGCAAAAAGUAGCUUUUAUGGUUCCACUAUUACCAUUUUUGCCAUCAUUGAGUAUACUGGUAAAUAUUUACUUGAUGGUACAAUUAAGUGGAGACACUUGGAUGAGAUUUAGCUUCUGGAUGUUACUUGGCUUCCUCAUUUACUUUGCUUAUGGCAUCAGACACAGUGUUGAAGGUCAUCGUGGUGAUGGAGAUGAUGAUUCUUGUUCAGAAAAUAGUGGGUUGCAAGAAAAGAACCCAGUGGAUGACCCUGAAAAUACAAAUGAAAGGGAUCAAUUUCUUCCACAUGAAAGGACAAGUGAAUGUUAAACUCUGCAAUCUUUUAAACCUUCAAUUGGCAUUUUACUUGUAGACUGAAAUUUCAAAAGCUUUCUUCCAACAUGUGCCUCUUGAAAGUGUUUACUACAAGGCCUAACUGAUAUUUUGGACAAGCUGCUAAUCCAUCUUCAUAAUUUCUGAACUGACAGCAUGGAGAUUAAUACUUUUUUUUUUUUUAAAGUACCCUUCGGCAAGCAAAAAUUUGGAGACAUUGUUUGAAGCGUCAUCCAAAAUCACUGGCAAUCAUCAGUUAUGAAGAAUUUUAGAACUGUCUUCAAGAAGUUCUGAGCAUUUGACAAUCCAUUGUGAACAUAAGUGCCUUUCAUACCUCUCUCCCUGUUAUAUGUUUUGGUAACAAUCUAAAUUCUCUCUGUUGAAGUAACUCAUAGGAGAUAAAUUUCAUUCAUAUAGGCCUGGAAAGGCAAAAUGAAUGGUAAUUUUAUGGAUUAGAUACUUUGUAAAAAAUAGAGGAGCAUUUGUUUAUGUAAAAAAAAAAAGUAAUUGCUUAUCUUUACUAAUCAUGACUAUUAAUCUGUGGUCAUGGAGAAGUCAAGCAGUGAAGAUACUUAAAAGGUUUUUAGUGCCUCUAAAUAGCAUUCAAGAUUUCUACUUAAGUGCAUGCCUUUUCUUUGAAGGAUGCUUCUCACAAGAGAAGCUCUUUUGUUUUCUGCAAAAUCAUCUGGGAAAUAAUCUGUUGGUUACAGUAUUGACAUUGGCAAUGAGAUGUGAUUUAGCAAAUUUUAUGCUUUUGACUUCAGAAGGGCCAGAAUUUCAUCUGACUAAUUAAUUUGGUACCUACCUCCAGCAGUCAUCCAGUUUUCCUCCUUACUACUAAUUUUUCUCCAUAUGGGGAAAAUGUAUAAUCUCCUUUAUACAUGUUCCAAAAUUGCUAUUGCUGAGAUUAGCCUUACACAUUGCUUCUCCUAAGAAAAAUUAAUGCAGAAAAUCCCAGCUUGUUUUUUCAGAUGGUAGGGGAGGCUAAAAAAACAAAGGUCUGGGUUUUGAAAAAAAAACCUUAUCAAAACAGUAUUUCAUUGCUUCAUUAAGUCUUAAAAUAUAUGUUAGCAUAGCACUUCUUUGUGAGCCAAGCCUACAUCCACAAAUCCAUUAAUGUGGGUAUGAUGUCUAAAUGCUAAUUUAUGUAAAGAGCUAAACUGGUAUGGCAAUGAUGGCCUAACAAUUAUUUUAAUGCUGGUAAAACCAGGGAAUGUUCUUCUUUCAACAUAAAUCAUGUUAUCUGUGAAAGGCACACAGGUAUUUUAAGCAAGGAGUAGGUUCAAGUCCUAUGAAGGAUUCCACAAUAUGAAGUCAUUUGACAAGAAUGUAUUUACAAAAAAUCCUUCCCUAGAGUAAGAACUAUCUUAGACUUUGUCAUGGAGAGUUGCAAUCUGUUGCUGGUACUAAGCAUUGGUAUUAAUCUCCGUUGUUAGGUAUAAGAACUUUAGAUGCCAUGAGAGCUAUGUUGGUUGACAGUGAAGAGCACCUUACUUUUUAUAAUAGCUAGAAUUUUAUUAAAAAAAAAGAAAAAAAAACUAGUUAGGCUGCUUCUGUCUCUCUCCUUUUCCAAAGCAAUAAGUUGCUCUUUUUAAUUUUAAAAUUACUUCUUUCCCAGUAUUCUUAAAUCCUCAGCUUCAAAAAAGCCAUUGCUGUGGGAGCAAGUCAGCUGCGCCCAUGUGAAGAUUUUGCGUGAUGUCUUUACAAGCCUACAGUGAAACACAGCUCUUAAAAUUCCUUCCAUAUCUCAGCAUGUGGAAAGCACAGACUUUUUGCUAUGGUUGUUGAUGCCACAGAGCAGGCCAGCCAGGCUCCCAAGGCACAAACUUCUGCUGUUCUGUGCUGUGCAAGGAAGACUCCAUCCCUGCCUGAGGCCAUCCUAGAGAAUGUAUGUGUGCACACCUGUCCAUGUAUUUGAAUCUGUCUGAAAUCAGCCCAUAGCGAAUUUGAUGUACUGGUUAAAAUAAUUUCUGUAUUGCACUGGACUUUUCCUUUCAAGGGAUACUGCCAGUACAAUUAGCUGCUGACUAAAGCAAGUGCUAGCUAAGGCCUCUGGAGAGAACUAAAGGAAGUAAAUUUUCUAGCUUAUUUUCGUGAUGGAUAUGUCAGCACUUUGUAUAUUGACAAAUUCCCCUUUCACUUGUAUGAAUAUUUCUCCCCACUUGUUAUCAAAAUUAAUUAUUUUAAAAUAAUAGGAUGCGCCUGUACAAGUGUUGCAAAGACAGACUGGAGGAGCUGCAGCACCAGAACUAUCCAAAUAACUAAUGAGAUAUAAAAUGAAAUUAAAGGAAAGGCAUUGGGUACUCUUAGUUGCUUCAACUGCAGUAAGCUUAUUUAUAUGUGUGUAUAGUCAUUAUGAGUCAAUGACUGAGUGAAAACAGUCAAGCCAGAAGUAAGAUAUUUAUGGUGAAUUUGAUGUGCAUUUGUAUAUGUAGUCUGAAAAUUCCAGAUGCUUUAGUAGGACUCAGCAGAAGCAAAGGACAUGCCAUGCUAGAACUUACACAGAAGUGAUGGAUGCAAGAAAUCCUGAUCAUUUUCUUACAUUUGCUGUAUCUCUGCAGUUGCUGAAAGAUCAGCUGAAAGCACGAGUCCAUUGGAAUUAAAUAAUCGUUAUUUUCUAACACA